AUGGACCAAAGAAGCCUCACCGCGUCGGUGGCCAAGUCCACCAUGAGCGAUCCGAGAAUUGCCAUGGUAAUUCAGAAACGACAGGCCAUAUCAUCGACGUUGUUCUUCGCCAGCGAAUACCACUUCUGGCCCGAGGGUAUCGAGCUCUUGAGAAAUAGAUUGGAGGCUGAAUUCGCGCCGCUGAAUCUGAAAAUGGAGAUCUACUACAUGUGGAUCGAUAAUGACAGUGGAUUCCGAGUCCACUGUGGCAGAGGAGAAGUUGCUAUUGUCUCGAAAAUAUUUCUGAAGGUUAUGCAUAGUGUCAUCCGAGAAGCCGUUGCGACUGCUCGUCAACUUAACAACGAAGGCCUCGAUAGUGAUGAUGAUGAUGACGACGGCGAGGAAGAAUACGAUGAGAUCGCUCCGCUCAAUAGUAAACUCGUUGAACGCCUGGUGGUCUGGAAGUCUACUCAAUCUGGCAGCGUUGAUACCGGCUCUGCCACCUCCCACGUAAUUAAGCCAAAUGGCGAGGAUAUCGUUGACCAAAGCUCUGGAGUCUCUAGUAGUCACUUCCCAGAGUAUUUGAAGUGUUACAAGUUUCGCCAAACCUGGCUUUCUCCCGAACCAGUCGAUGACAUAUUGCCAGAUGAAGAUUUGGCUGAACUCUGCCGUCUGACCUCGUGCGAUGUAGAGAAAGAUCACGAUUAUGACUACGUUUAUAUUGGUGGUCACGAUGUAUCUCUCGUUCGGCUUGCCUCGAAGAAGCUGGACGUUAUUCUGAAGCAUUUUUCGAAUCUCCAAGGCAUCUUCGUCGACCACCUCUUCUACAUCGAGAAUCACAAGAACAUCAAACUCGCACUCAAGUACUUUGUGGAUGUCCGCUGGUCAUUCUUCGAGACGACCCUACUGGACAACCUCCAUGUCUCAUUCAUUGGGGACAGUGACUACGAGAAGCUCACCCAUGGCGUCACUGUCCGUGCCGCUCCAUACAGUCCGGCGAAGGGCUCUUGGGUCCCCGACAAGAAGAUGCGUCUUGUACCAAUCCCAGCGGGCGUGAUCUAUGCCGGAGCCUUCACCAUCCCAUUCAUCUAUAAUUGCAAGGGAGACCCCGAGGACAAUCCCAUGCGCCAUCACCCGACCGAGACUACCGAAGCACCUCAUGUUGAUAGUCUAGCCUCUCCUCCUCGCUUGAACGAUGUUCCAGCACCAAGCACCAAGGCUGAAGCCGUAGAUCAAUGGACACAGCAUUUACCUGUGACGGUCCUUACUACAGAUAUUGCUUCUCACGCACCACAGUUCCCCCAAUCUCCGCCCAAUGGAUCAGGUACUGUUCUUGCCAGUGGUAGAGGACAGAUUACCGAAGAGAAUCGUCUUGCUUGGGACUCGUACAAGGAGUAUAGCCCAGAAAAGGCGGCCAUGGGUGCCUAUAUCGAGAAGUUUGCGAUUCAGAGGAAGGCGCCUAGCGUUCUACAGGGCGGGUUCAAUCGUGUGUUUGAGGCUCGACAGAGACUCUCAAUCUCCGAUGAAUCUUCAGCUCAACCCACCGGUACACAGCAACAACCCUCCGCACCCCCCGGCAUUCAAGCAACAUCGCUACAGUCCACUCCUGAUGCUUCCUGCAAAGGAGCUCAGGUCAGUAGAUCUCUGGACCCUCUCAACACAUUAGUCGGCUCGUCCCAGAACACUGGAGCUCUACCGAAUAACCUCACCGACCAGAACACGCCAACUCAACUGCGUCAGCAGCAGUCUGCUCAUGGCCCUCGACCAGCUGCCGCCCCUGGCCAAGCCUAUCCAUUACAGUCUACGCAGAGCCUAGGGGCUGGCUUCCAACAAACCCCUUUCGGCCCAGGCCCUGUCAAUGUACCACUCCCCCGAAACACUCGCCGAGGAACGCAUCUUCUGGACGACGAUUUCUCGGUUGCCGAUAUCCCUGAGUUUCCCCUCGUGGAGCCUAAUUCGAACCGCUCAGCUUCUGGUGGUCAGCAUCAGAAAGAAGCCGAGGAGUCUAUUCGGGAUUCAAGUGGUCGGAAGUUUCACCAGACCAUGUAUCAGAGAGCCCCUAAGCCAAAAAUCAAUCCAUACGCCAACAGACUCGACGGACCCGACCCCCUUCCCAGAUCUUCCAAGUCUCCUUGUCGGUCCGAGACAAGCAACCAUGAUACUGCGCUAGAUAUUGAAGAAUAUGUGAGCAAUAGUUUCCAAGAGCUGCUAAAAGGUCUCCAAGGAUACCGUGGUGGUAUCACAAUCCAGGUCGAGAUGGGUCGCAUCAUCACAGCAUCCUGGCACCCAAAGCAUGUGUCCGACAAUACCCAUGAAUGUUCCCAUGAAGUCGAACCUCUUCGCAGCUUGCUGCUGAACCCUACCGAAUACGGUCCGAAGGUCUAUUUCACCGACGUUUUGACCAUGGAACCAGCCGAAGUUGAAUACCUGCUCUCGCUGAAGAAUAGGAGUGGCCAAAAUUUGUGGGAGACUCAGGUUUCUAAGUGGGUUGCCAACUACGAGUUCAUUUUCAUUGACCGCAAGGAUCCUGGUAACCCUUUCAUGAUCGAGGUUAACGCGGAGACCUUUGCCACUCGGAUCCAGUCUCGCCGUGGUGUUGCCAACAUUUAUGUGCACGGUACCAAGAGACUAUGGGAUUUCCGAAUCACAGCCAUUGUUCGCGGUAACACUCGAGUGUUGAAUGAAAAGUAUGGUAAGCUAGCUGCGGCUAUUGAAUCAUCGUUGUACAUCCCUUCGGGACUGACCAAACCAUACCUUUCCUGGCAACUUGAUAUAUCCCUCCUGAACCGUUUCAGCCUGGAAGACUUGAGUGUUCACCGAGUCUGCCACUACAAUAGUGCCGACCGUAAGUCUGUAAUGAAGCUGUCUGAGUUCCAGUCCCUAGACAUCAACGGCGGAAUCCCAGCAGGCCAGUCGUUCAUGGUCUUUGAGGCUUCUCCUGGCCCAAAAUGUGCCCCUAUUGAAAAGCUGAACACCUGGUACACUGCUUCGGUCUCUAAUCCGGAGCUGGACGCUGUUCUCGCACAGAACCAGUCCCUGGAACUUGGUGACGAGGCUGGCUGGACUCCCGAAGAAAUCGCCAACCUCGAAGCUUUGCAAUCGAUGUACAUCCCGGCAAUCGAGAUGCUCACGCAGAUGGACGGUGUUGGUCGAUCAAGCCAUAACGGUUCUGAUUUCCGCUCUCGUAAGCCGGGUCCGCAGACCGCUGAUGUUCCGGCAGAAACGAAGCCAGACGUUUUUUGGUGGUGA